UGUGCUGGGUUCCGGGUGCCGCGGCGGUUCGUGCUCCCGGCAUGAGUUCCUCGCGGCCGCUGCUGGCCCUGCUGUCGCUCCUGUCCAGCCUGCAGAUCGACCGAGGAAAUGGGCAGGUGACAGGCAUGGUUCAGCUACCAGGUGGGAGAUUCCAGAUGGGAACAAAUUCACCAGAUGGAAGAGAUGGUGAAGGACCUGUCCGGGAGGUGACAGUAAAACCUUUUUCCAUCGACAUAUUUCCUGUCACCAACAAAGAUUUCAGGGAGUUUGUCAGGGAGAAAAAGUACCAGACAGAGGCCGAGACCUUUGGGUGGAGCUUUGUCUUUGAGGACUUUGUCUCCGAUGAGCUUAGAAACAAAGCAACUCAGCAAAUGAAGCCUGUUCUCUGGUGGCUUCCAGUGGAAAGGGCAUUCUGGAGGCAGCCUGCAGGUCCCGGCUCGGGCAUCCGAGAGAGGCUGGAGCUCCCAGUGGUGCAUGUGAGCUGGAACGAUGCGCAGGCCUACUGUGCUUGGCGGGGGAAACGGCUGCCCACCGAGGAAGAGUGGGAGUUCGCGGCCCGAGGGGGCUUGAAGGGUCAGGUUUACCCCUGGGGAAACCAGUUCCAGCCAAACCGCACCAACCUGUGGCAGGGAAAGUUCCCCAAGGGUGACAAGGCUGAGGACGGCUUCCAUGGGGUCUCUCCAGUGAAUGCAUUCCCCCCACAGAAUAACUAUGGGCUCUAUGACCUCAUGGGCAACGUGUGGGAGUGGACAGCUUCACCAUACCAGGGUGCUCACCAGGACAUGCGUGUCCUCCGGGGGGCAUCCUGGAUCGACACAUCCGAUGGCUCCGCCAAUCACCGGGCCCGGGUCACCACCAGGAUGGGCAACACUCCAGAUUCAGCCUCCGACAACCUGGGCUUCCGCUGUGCUUCCAAUAUAGGCCGUCUGCCGGGGGAGCUGUGAGCAGCCACUCAGAGCCAAGGAGAAGAGCCCCCGUGGUACCCAUGCCACUCCCUGGUCACAUUCCAAACAGCCAAACUUGAAGCUCUUCAGAUUUAGCCUCGGGAAUGAUGCCUUCCCCUUCCCCCAUUCCUUUAUGACAGGCACCUAUCACCAGGGCAGAAGAGGCCUCUGGCCUCAGAGGAGCUGCUGUCUCUUGGUGAAGGGGCCCAGCUCACUGAUUGUGGUGGGAGCUGGGUGUUUCUCUUAGAGGUAAAAUAUUAACCAUACAGGGGCCAAAUACUCAAAUGACUGGGGCAGAGUAUUCUUAAAGGCAGUUUGUUAAAAAAAAAUUUAAAUCUGUUCCCUCCCCCUUUCUCUGUGUCUGAUUCCGGGAUCUGACAUUGUUUCUGAGGGCAGAAUUUCCACAGUUCUCUUUGUUUUCCCAGAAAAUGACUGUAGGAAGGAAAUUCUUCCUUCAUUUCCCUCAUGUAUAGUGUUCUAUGUGCCUCUGAAGGAACGUAAUUUCCACUCUCUGUAAGUAAAACGCAGUGAUGUGGCCUCUUUCAAGCACAAUUCCGUCUUCAAAGGGUCUGGGAGAACCAAGUAUAUACCAGGCCAAACUGCGCAUCGUGCGAGUCACAAAGUAAAUAGUACGCCAGUGAGACAAGCGUGAAGUGUCCCUUUCUGUUGUUAGUUAUAUGUAAGGGCUCCCAUAUGCCUCUGAAAACCUGCCCCCUUGAGAGAAGAACCUGCUCCCAUGUGUCCCUGGACACUGAGGUCAGUAAAGUCUCCUGUGAUUGUA